UGGGGGCUUCUUGGGGUUCGCUCACACCCUGCGCUCUCCGGACUCAAGCGGAACCUUCCCGCGCGGCCCGGCCGCGCCCGGUCCCGAGAGGUACCGUGAUGUGGGGUGCAGGCAGCCCCCUGGCUUGGCUCUCCGCUGGCCCAGGCAACGUGAACCUGAGCAGCGUGGGGUCAGCAGAAAGGCCCAAAGGCCCAGCUGCACCGCUUCCUUCACCCAGGGCCUGGGAUGUGGUGCUGUGCAUCUCAGGCACCCUGGUAUCCUGCGAGAACGCGCUGGUGGUGGCCAUCAUUGUGGGCACUCCUGCCUUCCGUGCUCCCAUGUUCCUGCUGGUGGGCAGCCUGGCUGUGGCUGACCUACUGGCGGGCCUGGGCCUGGUCCUGCAUUUUGCUGCUGUUUUCUGCAUUGGCUCAUCAGAGAUGACCCUGGUGCUGGUUGGCGUCCUGGCAAUGGCCUUUACCGCCAGCAUUGGCAGCCUACUGGCCAUCACUGUAGAUCGCUACCUUUCUCUGUACAAUGCCCUCACCUACUACUCAGAGACAACAGUGACACGGACCUAUGUGAUGCUGGCCCUAGUGUGGGGGGGCGCGCUGGGCCUGGGGCUACUGCCUGUGCUGGCUUGGAACUGCCUGGACACCCGGGCCACAUGCGGCGUGGUAUAUCCACUCUCCAAGAACCAUCUGGUGGUCCUGGCCGUUGCCUUCUUCAUGGUGUUUGGCAUCAUGCUGCAGCUCUAUGCCCAGAUCUGCCGCAUCGUCUGCCGCCAUGCCCAGCAGAUUGCCCUCCAGCGGCACCUGCUGCCCGCCUCCCACUACGUGGCCACCCGCAAGGGCAUUGCCACACUGGCCGUGGUGCUUGGCGCCUUUGCUGCCUGCUGGCUGCCCUUCACCGUCUACUGCCUGCUGGGUGAUGCCCACUCCCCACCCCUCUACACCUAUCUCACUCUGCUCCCUGCCACAUACAAUUCCAUGAUCAACCCCAUCAUUUAUGCCUUCCGCAACCAGGACGUGCAGAAGGUGCUGUGGGCCAUCUGCUGCUGCUGUUCCUCUUCCAAGAUCUCCUUUCGAUCCCGUUCCCCCAGUGAUGUCUAGUCAUAUCCUGGUGACCCUUCAGCCCUGAUCACUACAGAAUUCCAGAAUGUUAGGUCCUCCAGUACUUUGUUCCAACCCCCCCACCCCCAGCUCCACACCUCCAAGACCCAGCUGGUUCUGGAGUUCUAGGACAUUGGAUGUUUCACAGGAUUCUGUUCAGAUCCCUGCAGGGCCCAACUAACUCCAUGGUUCUAGAAUGUUCAGGUGGCCAGGGGUCUACUCAAAAACGUCCCACAGCCCAGCUGGCUUGGAGUUGCAGAAUGCUGCUGGGUGUUUUUACAGUGCCAUUCCAAGUCCCUGGUCUUUCCUUGACCUUGUCACCUUACUUUUGAGUUUCUGAGCUAGAGUCAGAAAGGUUAGCCACUCAGUUACCUAGAUAGGAGAAAGAGGAAAAGAUUUAUUUAUAUAUAUGCACAUACGAAGAGAGUAUCUAUUUAUGAUUUAUUUAUUUAUGAAUUUAUUUAUGGAUAUAAGGGGAAAAAAGAGACCCACACCUUGAAAUCCAGGCCAUACCAGGGUAUCCCUAGUCCCCACACCCUCAUUUCUGACCUCAGUUCCUAGAGGGGGAAAAGGGAGAAAGAGAAACCACGUAUUUUGUUAUUAUUUUUGCUUAUUUUUUAUUGAAGAGAUCAUAGAAACCAGAGCCUCCUCCCCAGGCCCGCCCUUCUAGGGUUUAAAGGGGGGAACACACCAGCCUCUGGUUUUUUAUUUUUUUAAGAAGCCAUCACCUGAGCAACCGAGAAUUCCUCUGUGCUGGGGGCCGGCUGCCCUCUGGUGGCAGUUUGGGGAAAAUUGCAGCCUGGCCAGGCAGCCAGGGCCAGACGUGGCAACCUCAGCUCCACUCGAGCCUGGCAUCCAGUGCCACAGCCACAGCCAGGAGGCCAGGCCUCACCCUGUGGUGCCCUAGAGGAGGCAAGGUGUGAGCCAACAUCUGACCCCUCUGCCGAUAGGGGUAUGCCGAUCCAGUGCAUCCCCUAUUCCUGUCCCUGACCCAACCCUCAAUAAAAAAUGAUUUUGUAAUAAA